UAAACACGCCCCUACACGCCCUUCACAUAAGCAAACUACAAAUCUUCAACUUUCCGCUGCAAAGGAGUUGACGUCGGUGCUGUUUUUGAACAGACUGAACGAAUUAUGCGACAUUUCCCGUUCACAUUUAAUCGUUCAUGUGGCACUCAUUCGUUUUAAACGGUAUUGAUUAGGUUAAUGGUGUCUAGCGCGGAACCGCUGGAAGAAGAAAGGAUUUGAUGCAGAAAUCUCCGAUGUCAGCUGAUGAUGCAGGGCCGAAUGCGGGUGCCGCUCCGGAGGCUGCGGACGCGGCCCCGACUACCGAUUCCGCUGGAAAACAUGCCGUGUCCGUUCUCUGGUCCUUCGGAAAGUGCGUCGGCGCCUUACUGCCGGUCUACCUGGCUGGAUAUUUCGGCUUUAGUAUCAGCGUAGUUCUGCUCGGGCUCCUGGUUUAUAUAGGUUGGAAACACAGUCGCGAUGGGAAAAAAGCGCGACUGCAGAGCGCGAUGUAUUUUUUGGAGAACGAACAGGAUGUAACAACUACACGGGUGUUCAGAAGUAAACGGGAUUUGCCGGCAUGGGUGAACUUCCCUGACGUGGAAAAGGUUGAGUGGAUCAACAAGAUAUUGCAGCAGGCCUGGCCGUUUGUUGGACAGUAUCUGGAAAAGCUGCUGGUGGAAACUAUCGCUCCUUCAAUCCGAGCCACCAGCGCUCAUCUGCAGACUCUCAGCUUCACUAAAGUUGACUUGGGUGAUAGGGCUCUGAAGGUUGUUGGUGUGAAGGCCUACACUGAGUACGAUAGGCGUCAGGUGAUACUGGAUCUGUACAUCAGUUAUGCUGGAGAUGUGGAGAUUAAUGUUGAGGUGAAGAAGUACUUUUGUAAAGCUGGAGUUAAAGGCAUUCAGCUACAUGGAAAGUUGAGAGUGAUCUUGGAGCCUCUAAUUGGAGACGUUCCUCUCGUGGGAGCAGUCACCAUGUUCUUCAUCCGCAGGCCUAAACUCGACAUCAACUGGACUGGCAUGACCAAUUUGUUAGACAUACCCGGUUUGAAUGCCAUGUCGGACACUAUGAUAAUGGAUGCAAUCGCCUCUUUCCUGGUUCUCCCCAAUCGUCUCACUGUGCCUUUGGUGGCCAAUCUGCACGUAGCACAGCUGCGUUCCCCUCUUCCACGGGGUAUAGUUCGUAUCCACUUGCUGGAGGCUGAAAACCUUCCCGCCAAGGAUAACUACAUGAAAGGUGUGAUAUCAGGGAAAUCUGACCCAUAUGCGGUGUUACGUGUGGGGACGCAAAUCUUCACCUCCCAUCACGUGGACAACAACCUUAAUCCUCAGUGGAGAGAGAUGUACGAGGUGAUUGUCCAUGAAGUGCCUGGUCAGGAGCUGGAGCUUGAGGUGUUUGAUAAAGACCCUGACCAGGAUGACUUUCUUGGAAGAAUGAAGUUGGAUUUAGGGAUUGUAAAGAAAGCAGUUCUUUUGGAUGAGUGGUACACUUUAAAGGAUGCUGCAUCAGGUCAGGUUCAUCUGAGGCUAGAAUGGCUCUCGCUGCUGCCCUCUGCAGAACGUCUCAGCGAAGUGCUGGGGAGGAAUCAGAACAUCACAGUAUCUAGUAAGACAGCAGAUCCUCCUUCUGCUGCCGUUCUGACUGUGUAUCUUGACCGUGCACAAGAUCUACCUUUCAAGAAAGGUAACAAGGACCCCAGCCCCAUGGUGCAGAUCUCCGUCCAGGACACCACCAAAGAGAGCAGGACGGUGUAUGGGACUAAUAAUCCAGCAUGGGAGGAUGCCUUCACAUUUUUUAUUCAGGAUCCACGCAAACAGGAUAUCGACAUUCAGGUGAAGGAUGAUGACAGGGCUUUGACUCUGGGAAGCCUCUUUAUCCCAAUGUCUCGUCUGCUGUCCAGCCCUGAGCUCACCAUGGAUCAGUGGUUUCAGCUAGAAAAAUCCGGACCGGCCAGCCGUAUCUACAUCACAGCUAUGCUGAGGGUGUUGUGGCUGAAUGAGGACGCCAUCCUUACUUCCCCUGUGUCUCCAAUACCUGGAGAAGGAUAUGUCGAAUCUGAUGUGUCGUCAGGAGCCACAAAAGUGACCCCUACUCCAAAACGCCCUGAGCACACUAGUCCAGACAGCAAUUUUGCAUCUGAGGGUGUUCUGCGAAUCCAUCUGGUGGAAGCGCAGAGUCUCGUCGCUAAAGACAAUCUAAUGGGAGGAAUGAUGAAGGGUAAGAGUGACCCGUAUGUGAAGAUCAGAGUGGGAGGAUUGGCCUUUAAGAGUCAGGUCAUUAAAGAGAACCUCAACCCCAUCUGGAACGAGCUUUAUGAGGUGAUCUUGACUCAGCUCCCUGGUCAGGAGGUAGAGUUUGACCUGUUUGAUAAAGACAUUGAUCAAGAUGACUUUCUUGGCAGGGUUAAAGUGAGUCUGAGAGACCUCAUCAGUGCUCAGUUUACUGAUCAGUGGUAUACUCUGAAUGAUGUGAAGACCGGACGAAUCCAUCUGGUGUUAGAAUGGGUGCCUAAAGUUUCAGAUCCCAUCAGACUUGAACAGAUCCUACAAUACAACUACAGGCAGUCUUACCUGAAUAAAACGGUUCCCUCUGCUGCACUGCUGUUUGUUUAUAUUGAGAGAGCACAUGGGCUGCCUUUAAAGAAGAGUGGAAAAGAGCCAAAAGCUGGAGCAGAAGUGUCACUCAAAAACGUAUUCUACAGGACCAAAGUUGUGAAUCGCUCCACUUCUCCACAAUGGGACGAAGCCUUUCAUUUUCUGAAUUAUAAUCCAAUAGAAGACACACUUUUGUCAAAGUGAGUCAGUCAUAGCUGGGGUCAGGCUCUGGGUUCACUUGUUCUUCCUGUGCGGGAGCUGCUGGAUGAGAAGGAUCUUGCGAUAGACCGCUGGUUCAGUCUGGAUGGAGCCAUGCCUGAAAGUCAGAUCCUGCUGAGAGCAGAACUAAAGCUCCUAGACAGCAAGUUGGCACAAUGUAGUGAUGAAGAGGAUGCUAGUCAUGUGAUUCCCAGUGCAGAACCAACUGUUGCAGCGAAUCGUGAGCUCCGACACAGAAAUGUACCUGUCCAAGGAGGUGAAGAUGCCAGUUUGUCCGGGAAAGCCCAAGUUAAACUAUCAAUUGUCUAUUCAUCUGAGGGGCACCGAUUGAUUAUCAACAUCCAUGCUUGCAGGAACUUGCCGUCCUCCUCUAAGGAACCUCCAGACACUUACAUCUCAUUCAUUCUUCUUCCGGACAAGAACCGGAACACCAAAAAGAAGACCAGUGUUAAAAAGAAAAGCCUCAAACCAGAGUUCAAUGAGAUAUUCGAGUUUGACAUGUCACUUGAAGAAGCAAAGCAGAAACAUCUUGAAGUCUCUGUCAAGAACAGCGUUUCUUUCAUGAGUCGAGAAAAAGAGCUUCUUGGCAAGCUUCAGAUAAACUUUAGUCAGCUGGAUCUCAAGACUGGAGUGUCACAAUGGUAUGACUUGUCACACGAGACCAACUGAAUGGCCUUCCCAUGUUGACUUUGUUCACAUUGGUUUCAUGGAUGUUUACUUGUCCCGACACUAGCAGGGGGUCGGAGCAUUCCUAGAGCAGGGUGUCCAGAGUUUAAUGGAGUCAGGACUAAGACUGCUCAUACUGUACUAGCCUUGACCCAAAAUAUAGCCUGCUUGGUUCCCAUCAUAAAUAAUGUUGGCACUAGAAGGCUAUGAAGGCAACAUAAUGGAGCAAUGUUACGCUUUUAAGUAUUGUAUUUGUAACUCCUAGGGGUGUGUGAUGUUUAUUUUUUUAUGAAUAUACCACAAUUGUCGUUUUAAAGUGACGGUUCACCCUUGUAUGAUAAACCUGUUUGAGUUUAUAUCUUCUGUUAAACACAAAAGAAGAUGUUGCAAGAAAGUUGGAAUUCGGGAGCCAUUUAUUUACAUAGAAUCUGUUUUUAAACCUAAUAUGGGUGUCAACAAUACAGUGCUACCGUAUCAAUACUGUAAAAUUAUUCAGUAUGUCAAAUGUCUUCUUUUGCGUUUUUACAGGGGAAAAGUUGAUUGGAAUCAUUUAAGAGUUAGUACAUUUUGAUAUUUGGGUGAACUAUUACUUUAAUGAUGUUUAAGCUGACAUUACUGAUGUCAUGGUUACUUUUCCCCCUCAAAUAUGUGAAUGGUUCAAAACAAAGCCAGAGCAGAGCAUUUGGUAUUUCAGAUCAACAGUGUUUUAUUCAAUAAUCAGUCUGUUUUUGAUUUAGUCAUUAGAGUCAAUGAUUCAGUGAUUUAUUUAUAAUGAGUCACUUACACGGUUUCUAAAUCAAUGUGCUGUUUUGGACGAGUCAUUUGAAUGAGUGAUUGAAUGCCUCACUCAUUAAGUGACUUGCAGCUUUAAUUUUAUAUGUAUUUGUCCUUGACAGAUCUAAACCAGCUACUGUAUGCCUAAAUAUUAUGUUUAAUCAUUAAUAGCAUUUUUGUCAUUGAAAAAAAAAAGAUAUAACUUAAUUUAUCAUUAUCACACCCCCCUAGUGGCUUUUACUUUUUGUGACGACUUGAAAAGAAGUUGGAGCUUCUGUUCAGCUGCGUUUAUUCAGUGUUUGUUGCAUUUCAUGUUGACAUUUCAAGUCAGAUUGUGGAAUUGAUUUAUUCCUAAUAUGUACAAGUCAUGCGUUACAAAAUUUUAACAUUGUUUUUCUUUUUAUAACUUUGAGUUUCAUUGAAUUUUUUGUUUCCUUUGAAAUGGAAGAAAGGAAAAGCAUUUUUAGCGCUUCUAUAUUAUAUAUUACACAUAUUUUUGAUACAUGUUUGAGAGUAGACAAUUCAUUUUACACAUUUCAAAAAUGUUUCAAUCACUGUGCAAAGUCUGUAUUUUCCAAAGAUAAACAGAAAAAUUACGUUUGUGGUUCAACCAAAAUGCAGCAUGAAUAUUCAAAUUUCAAGUGCCAUUGAGUCUCUGAGAGACUCAGAAAUGUUACAAAAUGAUAGAGUUGUGUCCUGCAGUGCAGAACUAGUUCCUGCUGAGAAAGACACUUGAAAAAUCAGCCGAAAGGGCAAUUUUCUUUUUCUUUUCUUUACUUUACUUUGAAAUGUCGUAUUUCUGCACCCUAUUUGAGCUUGUUUUGCAGUUUUAAUAAAUAUGCUAUUUGCACUUUAAA